GGGUGCGGGGCUGACUCUGGUUAGGCCCUAGCCGGGCUCUGGUUCCCUAGGCCAGGUCGUGUGCAGCAGAACGCUCUGCGCGGCCGCCGUCCUGCACCGUGCGAGAUGCUGGCCGAGAUUAAAUGACUCAAACAGAGAAGUGGAAUUAGCCCUUGAUUUAUUUUCUUCUCGGUACCUGACCCAUGGUGAAACAGCUUAUAAAAGUGUGAUUUUUCACUUACUUUGUGACAGAGGGUCUGCAGCUCUAUCUACUCUGUGGGGACGGGAUAGACAAUGCCUCUGACACAGGCCACAGUACACACAGGUGUACAGGAAUCAUUUACCAUGGAAGCCAGGGAGCUUGGGAGUCCCACGCCCACCUACCACCUUCUCCCUGAGGCCAGCCAGCACAGGGUAAAAGAAGAUGCCAGCUUACCACCUGGAGGGUCUCCAGAAACUAUGCAGCUGAAGAAGGAGAUCUCCCUGCUGAAUGGAGUCAGCUUGGUGGUGGGCAACAUGAUCGGCUCAGGGAUCUUUGUCUCACCCAAGGGAGUGCUAGCCCAUACUGCUUCCUAUGGAUUGUCACUACUGGUGUGGGCCAUUGGUGGGCUUUUCUCUGUUGUGGGUGCCCUUUGCUAUGCAGAACUGGGGACCACCAUCACCAAGUCAGGGGCCAGCUAUGCUUAUAUUCUAGAGGCCUUUGGGGGCUUCAUUGCCUUCAUCCGUCUGUGGGCCUCACUGCUAAUUGUUGAGCCCACCAGUCAGGCCAUCAUUGCCAUCACCUUCGCCAACUACAUCAUCCAGCCUUCCUUCCCCACUUGUAAUCCCCCAUAUGCUGCCUGCCGACUCCUUGCUGCUGCUUGCAUAUGUCUGCUGACAUUUGUGAACUGUGCCUAUGUCAAGUGGGGCACACGAAUACAAGACAUAUUCACUUACGCCAAGGUCCUGGCACUCAUUGCCAUCAUUGUCAUGGGCCUUGUUAAACUGUGCCAGGGACAAUCUGAGCACUUUCAGGAUGCUUUUAAGAAUUCCUCCUGGAACGCGGGAAGCCUCUCUCUUGCCCUCUACUCUGCCCUCUUCUCUUACUCAGGUUGGGACACCCUUAAUUUUGUAACAGAAGAAAUCAAAAAUCCAGAAAGAAAUUUGCCCUUGGCCAUUGGUAUUUCUAUGCCAAUUGUGACACUUAUCUACAUCCUGACUAAUGUGGCCUAUUACACAGUGCUAAGCAUUCAGGAUGUCCUUACCAGUGAUGCUGUGGCUGUGACAUUUGCUGACCAGACAUUUGGCAUGUUCAGCUGGACCAUCCCCGUUGCUGUUGCCCUUUCCUGCUUUGGGGGCCUCAAUGCAUCUAUCUUUGCUUCAUCAAGGUUGUUUUUUGUGGGAUCUCGUGAGGGCCACCUCCCAGACCUGCUGUCCAUGAUCCACAUUGAACGCUUUACACCUGUGCCGGCUUUAUUGUUCAAUUGCACCAUGACACUCAUCUACCUCAUUGUGGAGAAUGUUUUCCUGCUCAUCAACUACUUCAGCUUCAGCUACUGGUUCUUUGUGGGCUUGUCUGUUGUUGGACAACUCUACCUUCGCUGGAAAGAGCCCGAUUGGCCUCGGCCUCUCAAGUUGAGCCUGUUUUUUCCCAUCGUGUUCUGCCUAUGCUCCGUGUUUCUGGUGACUGUGCCCCUCUACAGUGACACCAUCAAUUCCCUUAUUGGCAUUGGGAUUGCCCUCUCUGGGGUCCCUGUCUACUUCUUAGGUGUUUACCUGCCAGAGUCCCAGAGGCCACUCUUUAUUCGGAAUGUUCUGGGUACUAUCACCAGAAUAACCCAGAAGCUUUGCUUUUGUGUCCUGACUGAGCUAGAUAUAGCUGAAGAGAAAAAUAUUGAGAGGAAAACUAACUAGAAGCCAGAGAUUACAUUCCCUGAAGCCCAGAAGGCUGUGGCAAUAGUCACCAAAGACCAGAUGCUUAACCCUUCUGAAUUAAAGGAGCUUGUUGGCCCA